AUGGCUGCUACCUGUGAGGGUGACGUGUACAUUCACAACCUGGCCACGUUCAUUAGAAGCCAUGAGAGACAAUUGGCCAACGCUCUCGUGGCAUACAAGAAGCCUGCGAAAGGCUCUUCUGCUAACGGGGCUGCUUCCAAGCCUGUGAGGCUGUCUCUGACGUUACAUCAUCUCUACUAUUUGCUAGAGCGGUUUCAUGAGCUUGGUAUGUCGGUGGGACCAUUGAAUAUACGUUUGGAUAACAUCGACAACCCGGAUGCACCGAUCAACUACGUUUCUUUCCUUUCUGAGUUCCACAGGAACCAGUCCAUAGCCUCAGAUGCCCAGUCAAUUCACUCCAUCUCUAGUGUGAAGUCUGUGAUGUCCAGCGUGUCUGCUCUGUGGGGAGUGAUGGGGUCUUAUGGUUCAGGAAAAGGAAAGGACUCCAUCACUGCAGAUUUGAAAUACCUAUACUCGGCUUUUACGAAACUCCCGUGCCUGAGAAUUGCCCCUGACUUGAAGGCAAAACUCAUAGAAGGACACGAAGAGUACCCUUUCGAUACUACCGUGCCCAUCAAGAUCUUCAAGAAGCUAUCUGUACUUGAGAUAUCAGAGUUGGAUCCCAAGGAAGUGUAUGGAUGGAAUGUACUAAGUGAGGUGGUGAAGUUCCUGGUAAUCAAAAAGGCAAAUAUAUCCGAUCCGGUGGAAAUUCUGGUGGAACUGGUUGAUGACGAUCUCUCAAGAAGAGGGUCUUCCGUUGAAGAGGAUGAGGAACAAGCAAUCUCAAUUUCUUCUCCCCAACUGACCAGCCAGCCUGCUCAUCACUAUUAUCCUCCUGGUCACAGCCAUCAUCAUACCCUAUCUCUUAGCACAUCUUCACCAUCAUAUUCUCAGCAUUUGCAUCAACCUCCCGUCGCACCCCACCAUGUUCAAGCUUUCCCAUCCUCGUUGCCUGACUCCACUUCUUCCUCCUUUCCCCGCUCAAAAUCAAUGUUGAACGAAGAAACGAGCGACUCAAGACCUCAAAGAUCUGGCUCUGCUGGUCGCAGAAUGCGUACCAGUCUUUAUUAUCAUUCUUCAACUCGUCGCUUGGCCAGAUCUGAUUCCACUGUGAUAUCCUCGACAUCCCCGCCUGCUGCUCUCGACCCGAUUCAUUUGUCGACUGGACAAGCAACGUUCACUACGGAAGAGCCCGAGUCUGCUCAAAAAUCCAAUUCCAGGUGGAAGGGUUUGAGGCAUCUUUCGUUCGCAGAGAACAGAAUCUCCCACAUAAGCCCGUGGAGUUUUGACAGUCUGGUGAAUCUUUCGUCGCUGGAUCUUUCGAACAAUUUGCUGAUAGCUGUUCCUGAGGCCAUUGCUAAGCUGGGAAGUCUGAAAUCGUUGAACUUGUCCAGUAAUCAGCUGACAUCCACGAAGGGCUUUCCCAAGGGUCUUUCGAAGCUUGCGGUUCUGAACUUGAGAUACAAUGCGAUCAACAGUCUCGAGUCUCUGGAUAACCUCAUAGGACUGGAAAAGUUGGACCUGAGGCAUAACAAACUGAAGACUAUGGUUGAACUGAAGCCAUUGCUCACAAGGACCAAGGCCGAGCUACACUUGUCGAUGUUGAACUUGGUUGGAAAUCCCCUAGUCAACAAGAGAGGUUAUAGAGUAGAGUUGUUCAAUCUUUUCAAUGGAAUUGAUCCUCUGAAUACUAUUCACAUUGAUGGUUCGCGACCCGGUCUCUUUGAGUCUCGGUUGUUGCUAGAUCCGAAAGGUGCCCACGCAAAUCUUGUGAAGUUCAUGGAUGGACCAAUGAUCUCCCAAAUUACUGAGGGCAUAUCGUCCUUGAAACUGGGAUCCAGGAAGUUGAGUGAGUCCAAGCCAGCAAAUGAGUCGCAGGAGCCGCAAUUGUUACCCCCUAUCAAGACCGACUCGGAAUCUUCUAACUCGGUUCUGCAGGCCAACAAAAACAUUGUUAAUACCCCCGGUCCUGUGAUACCCUCAUCUGUCUAUACUACCGCGCCCACCAACGAGUUGGCACCAGUGCUGCCUCCAAUCAAGACAUUCCUGAACAAUGGAAACAACACAAAUAUCUCGAUAUCUGCACUUUUGAACCCGAUGGAUCCGGUAGCCGAUGAUAAGCCGGAGUCGAAAGUCUCUACUUCAGCAGAUGAGAACAGGUCACCCACCCUCCUCAUGUCCAGGAGUAAGCCGGCUAGUCCCGCUUUCUCAACCCCAAACUCAACUCCCAAUAUGGUAGUGGGGCAGUCUGUUGGGGCUGAUGUGGCUAGCUGA